AUGGCCGCUUCCUCCUACCCAAAAACCCCAAAUCUGGUCCUCACACAUCAUAUCUCAUACCCAUCCGCCUCGAAUCCACCAACUACUUUAUCUGGUCCUCAUCUCAUGAUCACCAUCUUCACCGCCCACGGCCUCUACGGCAACGUCGACGUCACCAUCAAAACCCCCGACAAAUUCGCCCUCAACGCUGGAGUCGAACCCAUCGCGCAGCUCACCUCAGACUUCAAGCUUUGGCGCCGGUACGACGUCGGAUUUGCAGACGAUUACAAAGGGAGGCGACUUGGUGAAUGUGGCGACGACGAAUUUGAGGGCGACGACGAGCCAAUUGACUGUGAGCGUGGUUCUGUGGUGGAGGUGAAGUCUAAGGUAGGUGGUGGAGGCCAAAUCGUUAAUGGGUCCGACCCAAUUGAUUGUGGGCUUGGUAGUGUGGUGAACGUGAAGUCUGAAGUUUCAGAAAAUUUGAGGAGUUCUAUUGAAGAAGAGUUGGGGAAGGUUAGUUUGGUUGGAGGGAAUGAAGAAAGUUUGGUUCUUGAUAGUGGGAAUGAAGUGAGUGAGGAUUUGGAGACCAAAAUCGAAGGUGUGGAGGGUGUGAAGAGCAAAAUGGAGAGUGGGAUUGAGAGCGAAAGUUCGGAGUCGGAGAGUGAGAGUGAGAGUGAGAGUUCAUCAGCAGCAUCAUCUUCUUUGAGUAGUAGCUCUAGUGAUGAGGAGGAGGAGGAUGAGAGAGAGAGUGAUGAUAUGGAUGAGGAGAAGGAUGGAGAAGGGAAUGUGAAGGCGGAGGCGGAGAAGGGAAUGUGA